CUACCGGUACCUACUCCGAAGCUCAACUCAAUUGUCAGAUCGUUGCCCACUGUAUCCGAACUCGUCCCCACGAUCAACAACCUUACUUUGUAGUGUAUAAACACGCGUUUAACACACUUUCUUUCCAUUUGCUGUCGAAUUUAUUUGCUCGUUUUUCUAUCUUUUCCUCGCCCGCUCUCUGUAUUAUCAUUAUCUUCGAGAAUGCGAACGCCCAACCAUUACCAUGGCCUCGUCGACGUCCACAACCCAGUGGCCGCCCAGGCGACCCUCCCAGCGUAGUAAGCUUCGAAAUGGCACCGUGAUCAUUCCGUCAACCGGAGAGCGCACCCGCCGCCACUUAACCCUCCGUCCCUCGAACCACGGUCGCCCCGAAGAUCGUCGAUCCCUUUCUUUUCUUCAUUCCGAGGAUGGAUAUCCCGCUUUCGCAAGACAAAUAAAAAAACUCCCUACGAAGCUCUGGACUUUCCUCAAGUCCCCGGCUGGUCGCGGUGUGCUCAAAUGCAGCCUGGCCUAUUUCCUCGGCAGCUUGGCCACCUAUCUGCCUCCUGUGUCUGCCUUCCUUGGAAAGCCGGACGGAAAGCACGUCGUCGCAACCAUUACGGUUUACUUUCAUGCCAACCGCACGUGGGGGUCAAUGCUCGAGGCCGUCAUCAUCGCAGUCUGCGCCAUUGCUUACGCCCAAAGCUUGUCCAUCAUCGCCAUGGGCUUGUCUCUGCUUGGUGCCGAGACGGGAUUCAAGACCCUCUCCCACAUCGCGGUACUCGUCCUCUGCAUCGGCUUUGGUCUAGGCUUUGUGGGAUGGGUCAAGGCCAAGAUGGACAACCCGCUGGUGAACGUCGGUUGCACCCUAGCCUCGAUCUCUAUCAUUGCUACCAUCACCAAAGAGGAAGCCAUCCAUGAUGGCUAUCUUUCCUGGGUGAAGAUUGUGCAGAUCUUCAAGAUCCUUGUCAUGGGAGUUAGCAUUGCCACCCUGGUGAACCUGCUUGUUUGGAGGACCUCUGCCCGGGCCAACUUGCGGAGCACCUUUAACUCGGCCACCUUGUCGCUCGGCGAUAUGCUCGCUACCAUCUCGCGAGCCUUUUUGAACGGUACAGAGGAGGAGCUUUUGUCCCCGGACUACACUCGUAUGCGGGAGGACUACAGGACCGCUUACACUAAGAUGUCGAAGAACCUGGGGGAGGCCAAGCUGGAACAUUACUUGCUGGGCCGUGAGGCCAUCUAUCACCUGGAUCGGGAAGUCGUCAGGUCCUUCGAAGUCCUGACACAUGCCUUGGGAGGCCUUAGGAGUGCCGCCGAAACGCAAUUCGCACUCCUCAAGGAGCUGCCCCAGGAAGCGCCGACGGGUCAGACGUCGCCCGGACCGAACCUCUUCUCGCCCACGCUGGCCAGGUCCUCUUCCUGGCAAUCUAGGACCUCCUGGGACCGAGUCGGGACGCUAGCUGCCAUCGACGAGUCGGAGGAGACCGAGCCGGAGUUUGCCCCCGCAUAUCUCGGCCAGCCCAUCAAGCUGCGCUCGCCAUCUGAUAUAUUUGAACUCUUCAUCGCGCGAUUGGGUCCGUCAAUGAAGUCUUUAGCGUAUACUCUCAGCGAGAUCUUGAGGACGCCUACCUUCGGGCCCCCGCCGACAUACGAAAUCACGGUCAACGAGCACUUCCGACGCAGCCUCCAGGAUGCUCUGACCAUCUACAACGAGACGAGGACGAGAGCCCUGCGUGAGAUCUACAAAGCCAUCGAGCUCGACAGGUCCAGGUCGGAGAGUAUCCAGGCGGACAUCGAGGAGGUGGCAGCGGCCUGUGGGCAUUUUAGUUUCAGCCUUCAGAACGUGGCCGAGUACAUUGACGCCCAUCUGGUCGUCUUGGAGGACUUGAAGUUUGCUCGAGCCACCAGCGGCCGCCGCUGGAACUGGCUGAAAUUCUGGCAACUGUGGGCAAACAGACGGAGGAGGGUCAAGCCCGACGGCGACCCGGACCGGGAGGCGCUGCUUCCACAAGAACCUGGUCCAGACGCGCCGGUGAGGCGAAUGAAGAAAUCGGGUAUGCCGAGAGGCCUUCCCGCCGAAAUCGUGCAUCAGAGAGACAGCUGGCAUGCGGCUCCCCAUGCCAGUUCCAUUGUGAGGACCAUCUCUCAAGCAUCGCUUAAGGUGUUGAGGUUUCUGUCUCGGGACGACAUACGAUUCGGCAUCAAAAUCGGCGUUGGUGCCAUGAUAUGGGGUGCAUUUGCAUUCCUCCCCGCCACGCGCCCAAUUUACAAGCAUUGGAGAGGCGAAUGGGGUCUGCUCUCCUACAUGAUCGUCACGAACAUGACUAUGGGAGCAGCAAACACCACCGGCUACACCAGAUUCCUCGCCACACUGGUCGGCGGUAGUUGUGCUCUGGCCACGUGGGCCGUCUGCGAAGCAAAUGCCGUCGCGCUGGCCUUCUUCGGAUGGGUGAUGAGCGUCGGCAGUUUUUACGUCAUGCUCGUUCGGGGGAAAGCCCCCCUUGGCCGUACGACACUGUUGGCAUGGAACGUCACUGUCCUCUACGCCUACUCAUUGACCCAGCAGGUGGACGAUGACGAUGAUGACGAGGGCGGCACGACUCCGAUCAUGUUUGACAUUGUCUAUCAUCGAGUUCUCAUGGUGAAUCUGGGUAUUUUCGCCGGUAUUAUGAUGUGCCGGCUCAUCUGGCCCAUCUCGGGCAGACUCAAGUUCAAGGAGGGUCUCGCCGUUCUCUACCUGCAGCUGGGUCUCAUCUGGAGGCGAGGCCCGCUGGCUAUACUACUAAAGAGCGACAACACAGAAUCGUACAUGAAAGCCGGAGAAGAGAAGGCCCUUCAGCGAUACGCCCUCAAGCUCGAUGCCCUCCGUAAAUCGGCCAAAGCCGAGUUCGAGCUCCGUGGCCCAUUCCCAGACGCCUCUUGCGCCCGUAUCAUGCAGUCAACUCAAAAGAUUCUCGACGGAUUCCACGCCAUGAGGCUGGUGACUUCGAAGCGCGGCAACCUUUCGCCGGGCGAGCGUGCCCUGCUCGUACACACGGCCCCCGAGCGCGCUCAGAUUUGCGACCGUAUCUGCCACGUCUUCCAGGUCCUCGCCAGCUCCGUCAUGCUCGAGUACCCGCUCACCGAUGCGGUUCCUUCGGUGGGGAAUAAUAAGGAUAGGCUGCUGGGCAAGAUUCACCGGUUUCGAAAGGAGCACCAGCGCCGGCUAAGUGGCACCGAUGAGGAGGGGACGAACCAGCGGGAGAAUUCGAACGGGGAUGCGCAGGGAAAUAGAGACGGGAAGGCGAGCAAAGAUGCGCCGACCCGUCCGCAGUUGCAGGACAUCGAUGUGGUGGUCGAAGAGCAGGAUUACGCGCUGCUUUAUGCGUAUAUCCUCGUCACGACGCAGGUUGCGCAGGAGCUCCGUGUGGUGCAGAAGGAGGUGGAGGGGCUCUACGGCGUGCUCGAUGAACAUGCCAUGUUGUUGCGUUGAGGUUUUCUUUCUGCCCUAUACUCGUGGCAGCAGGUGGGCGUUUUGGGGUUGUCGGAUCAACGGUAACUAUAAAACGUUUUUCGAACUUGGGACUGGCGGAUCUGGGCUGGGCUGGGCAGUGCCCCUUUUUUUCCGGCGUAGAGACGGGACUGGGCGGCAUGUAAGAGACAGCGACAGCGACUUUGUGUCCGUACGUGGAUACACAAUAAUUAGACGCUUCAUGACAUAUAUUAUCAUACCGGCCGAGUUUGUUCAUCAA